AUGACCCAUCACACAAGUGUGUUUAACAACUCUUGCUUGAGAGUUCCAGUGGAUCCUAUUAGUAAAAUGCCAAAGUCUGCUUACGAAAGAAAAGAUAAAAUACGUAAUCAACAGUGUUCUAUUGAUUCUUCUUCGACGUGUUCUGCUGGAGCAGCAGACCUGGAUGCAGAAAAAUUAAAAGAUUUUUACCGGAGUAUUCCAGACUACAAUGAUAUAAAUCAUUUACCCACUGAGGAGUUUUACUCCACGUUAAAAUCUUUAAGAGAUAAAAAGAAAGUUAUGCUAGGUCUAGCUAUUGAAUUCAUAGACGACUGUAAUGGACAUGAUGACAAAAUAUUGAAUAAUUUAACAUUAGAAAACAGUCGGUUACCAGCUAUGACAAAAAGCAGUAAAAUCAAAGGAAAUCGAAUACCCAGGCGAAAGCUCUCUACGGGAUCAAAAGAUUCUAAUAACAAAAAUGAUCAUAACAAUCACCUUACUUCUAGUUCUCUAUCAAAACCAAGAGCUAAUAAUAAUAUUUCAGAGUCAUGUCUUAAACCAUCUGUUAGGAAGAAUGUGGCUCCCAGUACGAUAGGUGAAAAGAAAAAUGGUCACGAAGAUUUAAAAAUAGCUCCAAUGAAAAGUAAUUUAGAAAAGUCAAGGACCGAACGUCCUAAAAGAAAUCACUCAGCUUGUUCUAUUUCAUGGAAUGAUGCUAAGUUUGAAAGUAAAAAUGAAAUUGAUCAGAAGUUUGACGAGUUUUUCGAUGGAAAAAAGUAUAAUAGUUGUAAUAGUAAAGAUUUUGACGGAGAUGAUUUUAAAACACAAAGUAUGCCUUCAAGUCCGUUGAGAUCAAAACGGUCUGGUUCCCCAAUACGACGUAGGAAGAGCAUAACAAUUCCUAAACCCUUCAAAAUGACCGAAAGAGAUGAAGAAGACCGCAUAGUCAACGAACUUCGGUGUCUUCGAAAAUCGUUUUCUGAAGACAUGCUUCACCAGAAGAUGGAAAGAAAGAAAUUUAAAGCGAGGCCGGUGCCAAUCGAGUCCCGCAUUCCUCUCUACGACAAGAUCUUAGAGGACCAAGCUAUGAGACGAGCAAUAACAAAAAUAAAUAGCGAGGCUGAGCUAAGGGCUCAGAUGAAACCCUUUAGUUUUACAAAACGAGAAGAAAAGGGUCUUGGUGGAACGUGUGAACGAGCAAUUCAUGUUCUACCAAAAAGUAAAAAGAAGAAACGAUUUAGGGCUCGACCUGUGCCUAAAAACUUGUUUUCUAAUUACUUUUAUGAUAAAAUGAGGGAAGAUGACUUCUUCAGAUCUAUGAACAAACGUAUAAGGGCAGAUGAAAUGUUGCGAAGUGCAAAUUAUCCUGGUACGAUGGCUGCUCGGGACCGCAGUCGUCUCUCAACACCAGCUGCUCAUAGUGACCUGCCCAUAGACCCUUCUCCAGGAAUACCGUCUAUAUCAUCCUCUGAUAGACAAAGAUGUCCGAGUCCUACGAAGGAUCGGAAGAAAAGAAAUAAAAGUCAAAAGGAAGAGUUCAUAACUACGAGCCCUCAACCGUUCCGAUUCAAUACUGCAGAUAGGGCUGCCAAGAAAAUGCACGAUGUGACAAUGAAAAUUUAUUCAGAAAAUAAAAGCAAUGAGAGCACCAGUGCAGCGGGGAACGGUCCAGGGGCUCGAGCCUACUCAGCUCUUGACCUUCGAGCUUCUGCAUCAGGCAGGUCUAAUUUAGCAGCUCUACUAAGAGCUGAAGCAGUUAGAAGAAGGUUCGAAAUGGAAGCAGCUUCUCGAUUGGCAGAACAACGUCGUCGCAACGAGAUGAGAUUGAGGGAUCGCCAACUACGAUCGAAACCCGCUUGGCAUCUUGUCAAAAACAAUCACGAGGAGGACAUUGCCAUGCGGCUGCAAACUCGGCGUGACGAGGAGAGAAUGAGACGAGAGGAGUUUCUUCAUGAGAUGGAGCUGAUGUAUGGAAGGGUACAGCAGCAACCGAUGCUCUUCGAGAGGUACUACGCACCACGCUCACUGUCAGCUCCUUUAGACUCUUUGCAACUAUCUCCGAGGAAGUGCACGAAGAAACGCAGUUCCCGGAACAAAUCUUACCACUACAAUAGUCCUAUUCGAUCUCGCAAAGUAUCGAUUAAUGAUACAGCGGAAACGUACACUGGGGAUGUGGCAGAGUUCUUAAAUAGAAUCGAUAUCGAUGACAAAUACUCGGACUCGGAAAUUGUUACCGAUAGUUUGGAUAGAGUGAAAGUGUGA